AUGGCCAAUCGUGUGCUGAGUCCUGCCAGGGACUCUGUAUCAGCUUUCAGACGUACCCGCGUCGCCUAUCUUCAAACACACGGCGCCGACUCCGUGGAACUCGCCCAGCUGAACACUGCGAGCACCGACAGCCCCUCGACUACUGAUCCAAGACACUCCCCGACUCCAUCCCCCACCCAAUCGGCUCCUCACGCACGUGGGAAGUCAGGAUGGAUUCGCCGCUACAGGUCAAGUUUCACAGGUUGGAGGUUUGGCGCCCUGCACUUCGCAACGUGGGCUGCCAUUGUCUUCUUGGUCAACUUGAUCGGUACCAUCUGGGGUGCAGUGUACCAGAGAUCUGCAGGUAGUCUGAGUGAGGGAGAUUGCGGGCGCAUCAAGAACCUCGACCGCGGACUGCACAUAUUCAUCAACGUUCUGAGCACUAUCCUACUCAGCGGGAGUAACUACUGCAUGCAAUGCCUAUCCGCUCCUACAAGAACGGAUGUGGAUCGAGCUCAUGCGUCUCAGACUUGGCUUGACAUCGGCAUCCCAAGCAUAAGGAAUCUGAAGCACAUCAGUCGGCCCAGGCUGUGGCUGUGGCUGGGGCUCGGGCUGAGCUCCGUACCUCUACAUCUUCUCUACAACUCAGCUGUCUAUUCAUCUACGUCCACGAACAGCUAUGCGUUUUUCCUGGUCAACGAAGCCUUCCUGGACGCCUCGGAGUGUCACAACUGUACAUGGUACUACUCAGCCUCCUCCUACUACAACUCACACGAAACCCGGUUAGUCACCCUCGAGACGUUGUGGAGUCAGUCACGGAACGGCUCGCUUGACAGGUUGGAGCCUGCGCAGUGUCUAACCGACUAUGCGAAAACACUGCAAUCGAACCGACGCAAUCUCCUGCUGGUCAUGGACAAUGCACAGGCCAGCGCAAGUCCUCGCAACUCGAACCUGAGCUACACCAACAAUCCUGACACAUUCUUGUAUGGUAACUUUUUCGCAACAGACGGUGCGUUGCCAGUCUUCGCCCCUGACUCGUAUUCCUGGAUAUGUUCAGGGCUCGACAACGACACGAACACGCCAUGUGCCAACAGACUUGGCCAGAUCUCACCGGAUACAUGGACAGUGGGCGGCUAUGAUUACGGAAGGAAGUAUGCGUGGCCAGUCAAGUAUUGCCUCAGUGAACCAGCCGUGUCACGUUGCAGGCUGCAGUUCACUCCUACCAUCGCCGCAAUCGUUACUGUCCUCAAUCUCUUCAAGGCUCUCUUGAUGUGGUUCGUGAUAUACUCUACAAAAGAGGAUCCUCUUUUGACCAUGGGCGAUGCGGUCGCGUCUUUCCUCGAUGAAAGGGAUCCUACGACGGUCCGUUCGAGCUUGAUAAGCUUGCACGACUGCAAAGCAGAUUACGAUGCCGGCGCAAAGCCAUGGCGAGACCAGCGCACACGAUGGAAGGACACGACUAGCAGGCUGCGUCGCGGAGUGACACUCGGAUUAUUCGCGACCGCUUUGCUGGUCAUCAUCAACCUCCUCGUCUGGGGAACCAAAGCGAUUGCCAGGAACGCAUCGAUCGGUCCCAACGCCAUCUUCGCUCUUGGCUUUGGCACAAUCGACACACGAGCGCUGAUUUACGGCGACUUCCCCACGGACAUGAUUAGCCUAGUGCUGAUAGCCAACUUGCCUCAGGUCAUCCUGUCGUUCUUGUACUUUGCGUACAACGGCACCUUCACCGCCAUGUUGCUGGGCUACGAGUGGACGUCCUAUGCGUACAAGCGCAAAGGCCUCCGCGUCUCACACGUGCCCUCCGGCUUGCAAAGGUCGACGUACUUUCUACAACUACCGUACCGGUUCGGAAUUCCACUCGUCGUUCUGAGUGGAACAUUGCACUGGCUGGUCUCGCAGAGCAUCUUCGUCGUGGCCCUGGAUCAGUACGACCGAACUGGUGUAUAUAAUGAUUCAAGAAUAUCGUGUGGGUACUCGCCGGUUGCAAUGCUGGUUGUUGUCGUGCUGGGAAUCUUCAUGGUAGCAACAGUGGUCGGCUUUGGUUACAUACCAUACAGGAGCGGCAUGCCUCUUGCAGGGAGCUGCAGUUUGGCCAUAAGCGCAGCAUGCCAUCCGGACGAAGAUACAAAAGGCGAGUCUACCACAACGUCCGAGGAGAAGCUGCAAUGGGGCGUUGCCAGCACAAGCACGGAUGGCAUCGGGCACUGUGCUUUCUCCAGCAGGGAAGUUGGGCCGCUGGUAGAGGGCCGUAUGUACGCCUGA